AUGGGCUUCCAGAAGUUCUCUCUCUUCCUGGCUCUCAGCAUCUUGGUCCUGUACCAGGUGGACAACCUCCAUGCAGUGCCAUUCCGAUCCGUCCUGGAGAGCGUCCCAGACGUGGAUAAGCUCAGUGAGGAGCAAGCGCGCCACCUGCUGGCUGCACUGGUGCAGGACUAUGUGCAGAUGAAGGCUGGGGAGCUGGAGCAGGAGCUGGAGACAGAGGGCUCCAGCAUCACCACCCAGAAGAGAGCCUGCAACACUGCCACCUGUGUGACUCAUCGGCUGGCAGGCUUGCUGAGCAGAUCAGGGGUUCUGGUGAAGAACAACUUCAUGCCCACCAAUGUGGGUUCCAAAGCCUUUGGCCGGCGUCGCAGGGAACUUCAGGCCUGA